AAACUAAGUUUGAGAAAGGAAGCUGAAAAUUGAUCUCCUCUUAAUGGUGCAAGUGGCUGUCAUUGUAGCAUAGCAACUCCAAGUAAACAACCCUCAAAUUCGAUCCUCAACCUUAUCGAAUUUGAAAGAAUAUUAAUUUUUGCUCAUCACCAUCUGUGUCAGACAUCCAUUCUAUGUGAAAAUUUUGUUUAAUUUCAAAAAGCUCACUUCUUUUUGUGGAUUAUUGUAUAUCUUGUUAUCUCGAGUUAAAGUCCUGUGUUGAAGAAGCCUUUAGCCAAUGGAUUUGACUGUUAAAAGUAAGGCAUUUGUAGGUUUUGCUCUCUGUUUAUAGCGGAUAAAGUGGACUGCAGUGGAAGAAAGCAGAAAACAGUUCAACUAUUGGAGGAAAAAAGCCAGGUGAGGAGAGAGAAAACUCCCAUAAUAGAGAGAGAAACAGAAAUGGGCUCAUGGGUUCUUCAAGGAGCAAGCCAUUUUUAUGAGUAGGUUAUAGAAAUAGAAACCCCCAUGAAAUCAAAUCAAUCUGAGAAUUUGAUCUUCAAGCAGUGCAAGAGUUUUUGUCUUUGAUUUCUGGUUCAGACGGCUCCAAUUAUUCGGUUAUUAAAAACUCAGAUUCUGAUGGGUUUUGUAAAUUGGGGAAUCACGCUUCUGAAGCUGUAGUCUUUUGGUUUCUUUACCUCUGUUUUACUUGUGGGAUUUCUUAGCCUUGUGGAAUGGAUCUCGGCCACAUGAAGGGAUCGAUCCCGACACCGACACCGACGCCGACUUCAAUUUCUGCUAGAAAAGCCACGGAUAUGAGUUCUGAUCAGUUUCCGGCGGGUCUUCGGGUUCUGGUUGUAGACGACGAUCCUACCUGUCUCAAGAUCUUGGAAAAGAUGCUUCAGAAUUGCUGCUAUGCUGUGACGAAAUGCAACCGAGCGGAGAUUGCUCUAUCCAUGCUUCGUGAGAACAAAAAUGGUUUUGAUAUUGUCUUAAGUGAUGUGCAUAUGCCUGACAUGGAUGGAUUCAAGCUUCUAGAGCAAGUUGGGCUGGAGAUGGAUUUGCCUGUUAUCAUGAUGUCAGCUGAUGAUGGGAAGAAUGUUGUGAUGAAAGGAGUGAUUCAUGGUGCUUGUGAUUACCUUAUCAAACCUGUUCGUAUUGAAGCACUCAGAAACCUAUGGCAACAUGUAGUUCGGAAGAGAAAGACUGAAUGGAAGGAUUUAGAGCAAUCUGGCAGCGUGGAUGAGGGAGAUCGAGAGCAAAAUCUGUCUGAAGGUGCAAAUUAUUCAUCUUCGGCAUAUGAAGGAAGUUGGAACAGCUCGAAGAGGAGGAGGGAUGCAGAAGAAGAGCCUGAGGAGAGGGACGAUACAUCAACUUUAAAGAAGCCGAGGGUGGUUUGGUCAGUUGAGCUCCAUCAACAGUUUGUUGCCGCAGUUAAUCAGCUAGGGAUUGACAAGGCUGUCCCUAAGAAGAUAUUGGAGUUGAUGAAUGUUCCAGGUCUUACUAGAGAAAAUGUUGCCAGUCAUCUUCAGAAAUAUCGCUUAUAUCUUAGAAGGCUUAGUGGAGUAUCUCCACACCAAAGUAAUUUGAACAAUUCUUUUAUCAACCCCCAAGACCCACCUUUUGGAUCAAUGGGUUCAUUCAAUGGGAUCGAUCUUCAGACGCUUUCGGUCACCGGCCAACUCUCGCCACAAAGUCUUGCUGCCCUCCAAGCAACAGGACUUCGUAGGCCUACCGCAAAAUCUGGCAUAUCCAUGGCCCUUGAUCAGAACAAUAUAUUCAGCUUUGAAAAUCCAAAAUUAAGGUUUGUUGAGGACCAAACACAACAUCUAAAUAAUAGUAAACCAGUAAACUUGUUUCAUGGGAUUCCAACAAAAAUGGAGCCAAAGCAGCUUGCGAAUAUUCAGCACCCUUCCGUGCAGCCUCAGGGAAACAUAAACAUGCAACUCAAUAUCAAGAGCGAACAUGGUGGAACUCAACUAAUGCAUUUGUCUCAACAACAAACUAUAGGACAAACUCUAGGUAACUCUCCUGCUAGCCAUUUACCCAGAAUUUCAUCAACAUUAAGGAAACCGAUCAUAUCGGGUAGUGUUAUGAGAGGAAAUGGGACUGCUGAUAAUAGUCACAGACCUGGAUACAACCUAGUUUCGCCAACAUCGGUGAUGGUGAACUAUCCAAUGAGCCAAACCACAGAAUUGUCUAACAAUUAUUCCCUUCAGAGCAAUUCAUCUGUAUCUACCCUGAACUGUAAAGGGAUGUUUCAAGAAGAGAUUAGUUCAGAUCUAAAAGUUUCGGGCGGACUAAUGUCGAGUUAUGAUGUUUUUAGUGACUUGCCCCUGCAGAAAUCCCAUGACUGGGAUUCUCAAAAUGUUAGCACCUUGGCCUUUGGUACUUUUCACCAUGGGAACUUCAUACAGGAUAGCUUUGAUAUCUCAUCCUCCACUUUAAUUCAUCAUGGUUUCCCUUCAAGCCAAACGAAUGGACAAAAUCAAAAUUCAUCAGUCGUUGGAAAGACUGUGUUUUCCUUUUCGGAUUCGACUCAACCCGAGAAUCCUCAAAAUAUUUUCCAAAACUCACUUCUCGAUCCUGUGGAGGUCAAAUCUCAGAGAAUCCCCGAUGCAAACUAUCAAACUGACCUCUUAUCCGAGGACUUUGGCCAGGAUGAACUUCUUGGUGUCUUUAUCAAACAACAGCAACAAGGAGACAACGGAUCGGUCGACUUUAGUGGGUACCAAACAGAGAAUAUUUGUGUUUAGAAGAUUUCUUGCUUUAGUUCCUCAUUUGGCUGCAGCUUCAAAUACACUUUGUUGUAACUUUAAAGAUCAAAGUCCUCCCACAUUAGAUGACAGAGGUAGUUCAUCAUUCUUGUCAACAAGUCCAUUGUGAAUAGUAUGCUUAGUUAGUUGAACCUUGAAAAUGUCAGAUUUCUAUGCAAGUUUGAAGCAAUCUUCCUCAGAAUGCUUACACAGAAGAUGCAAAUCUUACUCCGACUUCGGUUGAGAUCUAAUGCCCGAAGCGAUUUAUUUUAGGACGAGUGUGAAACUGUUUUGUUUGUAACGGGCACAUCGCUCGAUUGUUGUCGAUGCAAGGCUCCACUCGGCUCCAUUGCAUUUGAAACUAUUCAGGAGAUUUCUCAUCUCUCUAAUUACACUUUAAGAAUAGUUUUAUUUAAACCCCCAUGAAAAAUCAUCAACUUCAAUGUAAAUAUUCUUGUUUGAUUGAGACAAAUGUGUGCAUAGUUUCUUGAGUUUGUUAAAAAAAAAUCUUCUUGGCAGCUUCUCUUA